GAGGGAGAGGGAGAGGGAGGAGUCAAGAUGGCGACUUUAAAUAUCUGCCCGCUGCUGUUUUGUUUAGCUUCGUUCUCUCUGGAAAUCAGUGCAGCCAAGUACCUGUCGGAGCCCUGCUACAAGCCCAUUAAAGAUGACAGACCAGACUCAGUCAGGACUCGUGCGCGACCACACGAGUUUAUCAAAGCGUUGGAUCUUCCUCCGUCGUGGGACUGGAGGAACAUCAACGGGAGGAACUAUGUGAGCGUCACCAGGAACCAGCACAUCCCCCAGUACUGUGGCUCCUGCUGGGCCAUGGGAGCCACCAGCGCUCUGGCAGAUCGCGUCAACAUAAAGCGCGGUGGAGCGUGGCCGUCCGCCUACCUGUCUGUGCAGAACGUGAUCGACUGCGGGGGGGCGGGCUCCUGUUUCGGGGGAGAUCACCUGAGGGUCUACGCCUACGCCCAUAAAACCGGGAUUCCCGACGAAACCUGCAACAACUACCAGGCUGUCAAUCAAAGGUGCGUACAAUUCAAUCAGUGCGGGACGUGCUCCUUCUUCGAAUCCUGCGCCGUUGUGAAGAACUACACAGUUUGGAAAGUUGGAGACUAUGGAGAGGUUUCUGGAAGAGACCAGAUGAAAGCUGAAAUUUACACCAACGGGCCCAUCAGCUGUGCCCUGAUGGCGACCGACGGCCUGGAGGGAUACUCCGGCGGCGUCUUCGCCGAGUUUCACCCCCUCUCUCUGCCCAAUCACAUCGUCUCGGUGGCCGGCUGGGGCGUCGACGGAGACGGCAGCGAGUACUGGAUCGUCAGGAACUCCUGGGGCGAGUUCUGGGGGGAGCACGGCUGGGCUAGAAUCGUCACCAGUGCCUACAAAGGAGGCAAAGGCAACUGGUUCAACCUCGGCAUUGAGAAAAACUGCGCCUACGGAGACCCCGUUGUAGCAUGAUUUCCUUCCUCAUAUAAGCCCAACAUGUCACAUCCAACCUCUGAUGGAUUUUUAAACCCCUAAGAAGCUCAUUCUGUGAAUUAAGGGUUUGAUCUGAAGUUUACGUUCAUUGAUCGGCAGGAAUGGUAUUAGUUUUUUUUUAUGACUGAUAUGAACUGUUCUCUUUUUAGCAGACUGAUUUAUACAGCUAGCUACUUUAAUUUUAUCUUUAUUUUUUUUAGAGAACUGGCUGCACCCCUCAUGGCACAGAUGCUGUAUUUAAAGGGUUGAGGUCCAGGUGGCAAAAGCUUAAUGUUCGGCUGUUUUAUCGAGUCCAAACCCGGUUUUGAUGUUUGUUUUUUGGAUCUGCUGGAGCACCUAGUUGUACCAAAGUGUUGUUUAGGAUGUUACCAAUAAAGCAGCUGGAGGGAA